AUGCCUUCCAUGAUGGGCGUUGUGAUUCCUCCGCAGCUGCUGCUACCAUUACUCCGGCUGCACGACGGCCGAGCGUCGGAACCGAACGUGCAUGCAAUCUUGACGCUCCUUUUGCCACGCAUGAGCCCCAUCUCAGCAAUCAUCACCUAG